AUGGCUAACAGGUACAAUCCCAACCGCCGAGGAGGGAUGGUCGGCACCACUUACCGUGGGCCCAAACAGCACCACGACAACCCUGCUAGGCCCCAAAGCUCCCGUGGCGCCUCUCAGGAAGAAACCAACUACCUGAAAGAGCACAACCACAACAUGAGCAUUCGCAUCAAGGAGCUCAUGGCUGAGAACCAGCAGUACUCCUACAAGGUGCUGAGCUCCAAAGCCAGGAUCGGCCACCUGGAGGAGCUUCUGCUGGAGAAAGAGAAGGAGCUAAAGGACCAACGCCAGCAGAACCAGGAGAGAAUCUCUGUCCUGGAAAUGAAGCUCAGAGAGAGCGAGGAGGCCAAAGAACCCAUGGAGAACAUCAUCGAGUCCGAACAACAACAGGACUUUGAGGUCUCCAUUGACAAUAUGAAAACAUCAUCCAUGAAUUGGGGAGACUACAUGGACGACGUGGAUGAGAUGAACGAGCAGCUGGAACUUAAAGACAAAGAGAUCCUGAGACUCAAAGAGGAGAACCAGAGUCUAUCUGAUGCUCUCAAAGCUGCCCACAACCUGCAGAGAGAUGAAGAUAAAUCUCUGGAAGACAAUAAAGAGCUGCAACAUCAGAGAAAGGCCCUCGACAAGGAAAGAGAAGAGGCGCAGAGAGACAAGAAACUGCUGCAAGAGGAGAAGAUCUUUCUGAAGAAGCAGCAACAAGAAGUCCUGACAAAUCAGAAAGAGAUUGAACGGAAGGGCAAAGAACUGCAAGAAGAGAAGUUCUUUCUGGAGAAACAGCAAGAAGAACUCCAGACAAAUCAGAAAGACCUCCAGUUUAAGAGCAAAGAAUUGGAAGAAGAGAAGAACUUUCUGAAAAAGCACAAAACAGAAGUCCUGAUAAUCCAGAAAGCACUUGAGGAGAAGGACAAAGGACUGCAAGAAGGAAAGAUGCUUCUAGAGAUGCAGAAAAAAGAGAUCCAGAAAAAUAAGAGAGAGCUCGAGCAGCAGAGGAAAGAUCUGCAAAUGGAGAAGAUCUCACUUCUCAAUUUGAAAAAAGAUUUGCAGAGAAACAUGAAACAGCUGGAGCAGAAGAACUACCAGCUGCAAGACGAGGAGGAGGAGCUCCAGCAGGACAGAAAAGAGCUGUGGAACGAAAAACAAGCAUCAGAGGUGAUGAAGAAAGAGCUGCAAGCUAAGAAGAAAGAACUUGAAGAGACUCAGAAAGUUCUAGAAGCUCACAAUGCAGACGUGAACAAAGAGAAGACAGAAGUGGAGCAGCAGAGGAAGAUUCUGGACGAGAAACAGAAAGAACUGGAUGAGGUGAAGGAGAAAAUGAAGGAGGCUUAUGUGAAGAUGAAAGAGGAGAAGAAAAAUUUUAAAAAAGACAUGAAGAAACUAGAGAUGGAGAACAAGAGCGAGAUCCUGGAAGAAGAAAAACUAGAAAUCCAGGGAAAGAUUGUCAAACUGGAGAAAGAAAAGACAAAGCUAGAAGAAGAGAAUACAGGACUCCAGGACAAGAAAAAAGAACUGGAGCAGGAAAAGACAGAAAUGGAGGUGAAGCAUGAGAAUCUGCAUAACGAGAACCAAGAACUGAAGCAGCAGAAAACAGAAACAGACGACAGAAACAAAGAGCUGCAAGAAGCCAAGAUGAAGCUGCAGCAAGAGAUUCAAGACCUGGAGGGGGCGUAG